AUGCAACUUCGCUCCAUUCUCACGACGGCUGUAUUGGCCUUGGCCUCAGGCGCAGCAACCAAGCCUACACCUUCCUUCGGAUCAACUAGCAACUCUACCGAUGCAGCGGCUGGAUAUGUCUUUGCUUACUUUGUUGGAGACGACAACAACGGGGAAAGCAUUUUCUUAGCUGCUAGUAAUGGCAACAAUGCUCUUUCCUGGAAGGAGUUGAACGAUGGCAAGCCAAUCCUAACAUCCUCGAAGGGCACAAAAGGACUUCGUGAUCCCUUCUUAAUGCGAUCUCAUGAAGGAGACAAGUUCUAUCUUAUUGCCACAGAUCUCAAGAUCAACGACAUUGGCUGGGAAAAGGCCCUGCGAUUCGGCAGUCUCUAUCUCGAGAUCUGGGAGAGCACCGAUCUGGUCAAUUGGUCCGAGCAACGUCAUACCCUUGUCUCCCUUCCAACAGCUGGUAUGACAUGGGCUCCUGAGGCAUAUUAUGACGUCUCAAUUGGCAAAUACGUCAUGUACUGGGCUUCUCGCAUGUAUUCUGAGGACGACCCGAACCAUGAGGUUGAGACAUUCGCCAAGAUCUUGUAUGCUACAACAAGCGACUUCAUCACUUUCAGCGAGCCUGUCAUCUGGCAAGAUUCCAACGACAGGAUUGAUACGACUGUUCUCAAGGAGGGCGACACAUACCAUCGCUUCACAAAGGACUUUGGCGGAGUAUCAGGCAAAGAAUGCAUUGACAUCAUCCAAGAAAGCUCACCUAAGCUGCGAGAUAGCCAAGACGGUUGGACUCAUGUGACGAGCUGUAUCGGUACCAAGGCUGGUCUUGACGUUGUGGAGGGCCCGAGCAUCUUCAAGUCCAACAGUGGCGAUGUUCACGGCCAGAAAUUCUAUCUUUUUGUCGACGAGUUCGCUGGACGUGGGUAUAUCCCGCUCGAGACGAUUGACAUCGCCAACCCGGAUUGGAAGGUUUCUCAGAACUAUAACUUGCCAACAAGUCCGCGCCAUGGAAGCGUUGUGCCGGUGACUAAAGAUGAGCUUGAGGGUGUGCUGGCUGCUUAUUCCAAAUGA